UUUGACAUGCUCCUGUUUGAUUAUUUUUUUUGUACAAAUUCCUCUAAAUCCCUGUGACCAUGACACCCUGUGACAAUGGUGCCCUUGUCAGAUAUGCAGAUGAAACAAAUAAACCAUCCGUUAUUAAAGACAAUGAUAGACUAGGAAGUUUUCAGAGAACCCCAUGUGCACCCCCACAGAAAGGUGAUACCUUCGUUGAAAAAUGCCUGGUGCUCUUUUCAAUUCUAAUGGUUAUCAUAACUUUUCCGAUAUCAAUGCUUUGUGUAUUCGUGGUUGUCCGUCACUUCGAAAGAAUAAUAAUAUUACGGAAUGGAAAAAUAUACAAGAAUCGUGCCUUUGGACCCGGCCUCGUGUACUUCUUGCCUUGUGUUGACACAGUGAAAUAUAUUGACCUGCGAAUUGCUUGUUACGUUGUGCCUCCUCAAGAAGCUCUGACGAAGGAUUCCUUGACAGUUUCUGUUGAUGCUGUAGUCUAUUAUAAAGUUAUCGACCCAAUACCAGCUGUGAUUAAUGUUGCUGAUUAUAGUGUAUCAACACAGUUACUUGGAGCUACAGCGCUUAGGAACGCGCUGGGAUCUGUGAAAUUAACUGACCUACUAAUAGACAGACCGGCAAUAAGCAAUCAGGUGCUAGAGCAAAUGAAGAAGCUGACCAGUCAAUGGGGAAUCAAGGUCCUUCGAGUUGACAUCAAAGAUAUAAGGCUGCCUCUCCAGCUGCAAAAAGCGAUGGCAGCUGAAGCAGAGUCAACUCGUUUGGCUAACGCAAAAAUAAUUGUUGCAAAGGCUGAAAUAGAAGCCACUAAAAACCUUCAGAAAGCCUCUGUGAUUCUCUCAGAUAACCCUUUGUCCAUGCAGCUGAGAUAUUUACAAUCAUUGCACUUGAUUGCGGGGGAGAACGCCCACACCAUCGUGUUUCCAUUUUCAACUGAAACUCUGCGAAAAAUAUUCAAAUGAAGUUUUAUGUAAUUCCAGUGUUUUGUGAGUCGA